CCGAACCAAUCAAUCGUGUACAUGUACAAAGACGGGUUGUAUUUAUUUGGCAUAUUUACACUGCAUUUUACCUUCUGUGUAUUCAAUGAGCCACUUAAAUCAAAGCUUGUGUGGUUGAGGUUUUCUUGCUUGUCAUAAAUAGUUAAAAGCGACGUUUGUAUGUUUAUGCGCGGCAAAGUACAAUAGAAGAGGCUUUUCGUGCGUUACGUCAUUCUCUAUUGUCUUUUGGCCAAUGGACGGUGGGUAAUUAUUGAUUUCAAUUAAUAAGAUCUGCCCUCGCGUCAAUCAAUGGAUGAUUAGCAAGUCGCUCACAGCUACACACAAAACUCAAUUCCAUUAGUAAAAUGUGAACAACGAGCAAAUUAUGAAGGACAUUUUAACUUCCAAACUGCUCUGGAUUGUUCGGGUUUGUGGUCCGAGCGUGAUGCUACUUGAAGCAGCUUAACAUUUUCCCGUUGAGUCAUUCAUGGUCCUAAACGCUUACGAGACCGCGACGGACACAGAAUCGGUAGAGAGGGUUUCGCCAUAUUGCAGUCUGAGUGUAACCCAAUCUCCGACAGCCAUGAACGAUUCAUCAUUCACAAGAGGAGAACGUAAAUACCGCAACACAAGUGAAAGGUUGGCCCUUGCGAGGAAGGUUGAGCUAAGCGCAAUCGAGCAAAAUGCGAACGUUGUCAUUCUGAGCCCGCAGAAAGUGGCUGUCGAAAGAGCCGGCGAAAUGUCCCCGAAGGCUGAGAACGAGGGGUCCACGACAUCGGCAGCUAAAAAGAAGGGAUUGCAAAAGCUGGCGUCGGGAGCCAUUGCUAACAUAGGCACGGUGUUUAAGGGGGGUGCAAGUACAGGGGAUAUGGAGGGGCGAAGUGAGACGGGUAGGUCGUCUAGCAGGAAUGCAGCCAAAGGCUCGUCUGUACUGAACGAUCUUACUCCCCAUUCUGAUCCAGGGAUGCAGGAAAAGCUGUCACCAUCAGGCUCACACAAGGAAAAGUUCUUUAACAAGACCUGGAGGAACCGGCUUAAAGUUGUAUCUAAUGCUGGAAAUGCCUUAUGGAUUCCUCAGGUACAUAGAGAACAUAAUCCGGCGGUGGCGCGCGUUAUAGUUGUAGCUUUGACUGUUCACCGUCGCGUUACUUCGCUAAUACGUUCAGUCAAAAUUCAUUAAGUGCAUUGCCGAUGGGACCCUGCAAGCACAGCGAGUGGCUUAAACAUCGCGAAAUUUGUACAAGACAGAACUUACGGGCAGCUUUCUCUAUCGACAAUCUGCUGUAUCUACAAAUUCAAAGUUCAUUCCACUCAUGCCUGACCUUGCUAAAGUAUUAAGUGUCGUCACGGCACUUUGAAUUUUAUAAAGAGAGUUUCCUAUCGCUUCAAGUCAACUUUUGUGCGGCCACAAACGGGGAAGCGUUGAACGAACGCAUACAAGAUUUUGGCAACGAAUGGGAUCGUUUUAAAGAAAAUCUUUGAAGUCGGAUCUCGUAAAAAUGAGUUUCGAAUGUUGAACUCUGUGGAUGAAAACCUCCACGGUAGUGAAACGAUGAAAGCUGAAAAGAAUACUAAAUAUUAUUAAGUUUGCGCUGUUAGAGUUUAAAUAAAGUUUUUAUUUGUAACUUUUACGGUAGCUUUCGACAUAAACUAUCACUAACCCUGCUAAACUGAGAAUGCAAACCACUAACUUUCUACCACGCACAUCCUUUCACUCUCCUAUAUAACUAAGCAGCUCCUUCCAUUUCCCUACUUGAAUGCUAUUUAAAAGGAUUUAUUUAACGUUUAGGCCCGGCAAAACCCAUCUGAUCCUCUGAGCAGUUUGCGUUUUCAAUUAACCGUGAUGAGAAUUAGGCUUCGGUAAAUUUGCCGCCUUAACGAGCUUUUUGUGGCUUUGCAGGAUGAUUUUAGUUGGAGCUCAGUGGAAGGAAGAAAAGUCCAGCUAACGAGCAUUCCACUGUCCGCACUGUCAGAGCCAGAAUGCAUCGCUCUUCAAAGAGUUGCACAAACCAGGUUAAAGCAAAUGGAUUUCAAGAGUCAUGUAACAAUACCUAAAGGUACGUAUGGUGCAAUAAUCAUUCUAAUGACAACAGUCUCAAUAAAAGUUUAAUGAAAUAGUAAAAGCCAAUUCACUUACAACAAGUUCGAUUGUGGUUCUCAACCCAAAGAGAAAAGGAAGACUCAUGCAUUUGGACUCAAUCAAGACAAUAACAAACUUAUCUACUGCCUUGACGGUCAAGAGGCUGCCAUUUUGUUUGAUAAGAAGCCCAUCAAAAUUGAGACUUUUUUUAAAAAGUGGAGGCAAACGCCAUUAUUAGUUACACUUGUUCAAACUUCACGGCACUUGUUAACAAUGCAAAUAUAAAUUUACAGAGAUCGUUUUAUAAUUUUCGGCGCGAGAUGAGGUGUGAAAAAUAUCGCCGUUUUGUGCGUUUGCAAGCUUUUGACAUGUCAUUUUAAUUAAGAGACUUGAUCACGUAAAGUGAAAAGAAGGUAAUUAUGUCAAACAACACUUCUUCAACACGUUCACAAAUUUUUGAGGUUGAAAAUUCAUUUCUGCAGUUUGCAAUAUUUUAAACUGUGUACUAUUUAUCAAAAUAUAAAUAAUGCUUGUUCUUUAAAAAAUCUAAUGAGAUUACUGGGCUGAUUGAUAAUAACCCUUGUCUGGCAGUACGAACGAAAACUAGUUGAUGUGCCAAGUUUUAAAAGUCGAAUUCUUCCUCCUGAACAGCAAGGUAUCAUGGUUCUGUUUUCGAUUCAGACCACGCUUCCUCAAAAUUGCCUUUUGAAAAAAGAAGUUUACCUUGUUGAAAUAUCGGAUGAAAUACUAAAUAAUGCAAACCUUUGUUCACAUGUAAAUGCACGAUUAUCUUAAGCAGUCCCCUGUGUUCACAAUAUAUUUGUUGUCAGAUCGGCUAGAAUUUAUAUUUAUAGCCUGUAUGUCCCAGUGCUGGUUUAUUAUUUGUUCUAUUAUUUUUGUUGUCGGGGUGACUUUGGCUUUGAUACAAACAAAUGGCUGUUUUAACUUUUUCUUAGUUCAAUACCUUGUCAAGUGUCGAGGGUACAGGUUAAAAAUUAUAAAGAAAAAUCAAAAACAAACACCCUUCAGACCAAAAGUAUGAAUCUACUUCAUUUGAAUUUUGACACUGACGCAUUUAAUUUCUAAAGAUAUCUCUUUCAUCUCCCAAAAUAGACUUCUAUGGAAAUUCAUUUUGUUUUUGUUAAUUCCUUCCUUUUUGUGUUAGAACCAGUAAUUAUUAAUUUAGAUGCAGUAAACAAUGCUUGUCCCAGUGCUGGUUUAUUAUUUGUUCUAUUAUUUUGUUGUCCUAUUAUUUUGUUGUCGGGCCUUUCUUGUCAACAUAGUGUUCACAAUUCUGUACAAUGUUCAUUGGUACUCUGUGCAAAGUUUAAGCAACAAAAGAGCCUUCAAUAGUCUGAAGGACAUAAUCAGUGAAGAACUAAAACACCAUCACUAAUGAUGUUUAAUGCUACUAUAAUGACAUCAAACAUCUGCUGUUUACUGGUGAACAAGUUUUAAUUUAACGACAACAUUUUCUUUCCAAAAUAGGUAACCAUAGCAAUGGUGUAACUUGUCAAAAGCACUUAUAAGUCCAGCUUUAGGUAUUUAUUUAUCCACAACAAGCUUUUCAAAACCCCAGUUUUUGUUUUCCAUGUUGGCAAAAAUGUUAGAAGGUUUCUGGGUAGCCUGUGUCACAGUCAAAUUAAAUCCCUGAUAUAGACAGCCUGCAUAAUGGCUUGCAGAAGCUUGUUCUGAUAUAUAUAUAUAUAUACCUUUUUGAUUGGCUAGAGCCUGAGAAAGCCUGAAUUUACUUUUGAGAUCAAUUGAAAAAAAGUAGUGUACAUCUGCCAAAACAGUGGUCCUCGUCAAUAGCUAGAGAAAACCAAGGAAAAUACAAAAAUACAUUGUGGAGUAUUGGAUGAUUGUUGCUGUUGGAAACAUCCAAUCACCAAUUGUGUAAGACAUUUAGUCAAACAGAAACAGACCCAACUAGUGGUCUAUUAUCAAUGCUGCGUUCUGAUUGGUUGAGCUGCGAAAGCACAAGCUUUUGGCGGCAAAAAAAGGAUUAAAGUCUAGCUUUAACCAGCUAAAGUUGUUUUGUCUCGAUAUUUUUGACCAGCUAGUUGGAUUUUACUAAAACAAUAUUCCUCUCGCCCUCAUGGCCUCUGAGUCAAUAGCCCAUUCGGGCUCGAGGAAUAAUUGUUAAAUAUCCCUGCAAACCUGCAGAAUAUCAGAACAAGCUUUUGGUAGACCUUAUGCAGAUGCACUAUAUCAAGUUCUCUAGAUCACUGUGUAAAAUUCAAAUCUGCCAGCAAUGCAGGCUAGGUUUAUGGCUGUCUUAAAUUUAGAACAUUCUACAAUAAGUUAUUAUAUUAGGCAACUGCAACUUUACUACCAUUAUUACAUUCCCUUUGCUUAUGAAUUAUUGCAUCGAAGUAAAGAUACAUUGUCAGUCAAACCUUGCUUUAUGGACACCCACUUAAUACAGACACCUCAUUACUAUGUAAAGUUUGCUUUGUCCCUGGGGAAAGAAAUCCCUUAUAUUUUCUCAAAAUUCAACUUGCUUAACAUUGACACCCUGUUAAUACAGGUCGUGUACGCUUUCUAUGGCCCCUCAGUGACGGGGUUUGACUGUGCUAAAAAAUAUGAUUUAGAAUUGAACUAGCGUACUAUGGUCUCGCAUUUUUGCAUGCGUUGAAGGUUUGAAACUUAUUUUAUAGUUAGACUUGGUGUGCUUGCCUAUGGCAGAAUUACUACUGCAAAUAGAUCAAUGGUUAAUAACCUUUUGUCUAAAUGAAUGGCAACAGCUUGGGUUGUCUUUAUAUAUUUCGAUGUUAGGAGCACUGCUCAAAUUUACACUAAAUGAGCUGUUUGUGCCGUUGGUACCUACAACACUUGCCUCAUCUUUUCAGAAAGUAUAGUUACAGCCCUAAUAAUGCGCCACUUUGUAAUACCAGUAGUGUGUAACUCUGGCUGUUUUAAAAAACAUUCCCUCCAAGGAAAGUGCAAAGCAUGCAUGGACCCCCUUGGGCUUGCAUGACCCAUGUCUAACACGACCCUUAAGAGCUGAUUGGGAGUUAUUUGAUAUUUCCUUAUCAGUUUGUUUUACUUUGAAUGAAGGAAAAACAUAAAACCUGGAUAAUCUUCACAGAGAUAAAAUCUUUACAGCUAUUACAUCAUAUAAGGGUUUUUCAGAAUACACAGUAUUUCAUAUACAAGCAAACAUUUUGUUAAUAAAACAAUUUCAAGUGAUUCUUCCAAAUCCAGCCAUUUGGAGGAGCAAAGAGUCUAUAAUAUUAACAGAUAAUAUUAUUUCUCAUAAAAGAAACCUUCUUGCAAUCAUCAAUUGAUUAGAAAUAGUAAUACUCAAGUGCAAUGUUGUUUAAACCCGAAUCUUUCAAACAGGAUGGCCUAAACCUUUCUUUGACAUAAACAUGAAUAUUGUUGCAGCUUUUAGUUAAUACAGGAAGACUUAACACAAAAUAACAAGAUUUAUUGCUAGAUUAAGUGAUUUACAAUGAUUAAAGAACCAGAUAGAAAGUUUAAAUGGAUUAAACAGUCCCAGUAACUCAACUUUAUGUAUUUUUGGCAGUAAAAGCAGCAGCUGUCCUGUUUUAAGAGAAAAUGUGUUAAUUCACAGGCAUUUGUUGGUCUUUUCUGUUGUAUGAUUAUUUUGAUUAUUCUGAGAGUUAUUUCAAUUACAGUUGGAUUUGAUACAUUUUUUACCAUGCAGAGUUAGGUUCAUACAGGAUUGAACUUAGUGAUCACAUUUUCGAUUUCUUGUGACCUUACCUAUUGCUCAUGCAUUGCCAUUUUCUAGGAGAAAUGUUCUGUUAAUCGUAACAGGUUUAACUUUAGGGUUUAAGGCCCUCCAGUUGAUACAAUACCUUGUAAAGCAGGAGGCAGGAAACAUGUUGCACUCAGAUAAUAUUAUUAUGCUUAGAUAAUCCAUGGGGAGUCUUCCUUUCUGACCACUAGAGGGAUUUGUAACACAGUAAUUAUCUCCUGUUCAAAGCUGUUUUCACAGACGUACACAGUCUACUGGUCUAUCUAGAAUCUACCCAAUACCAGAAAUAACAACUGUAAUACCAAAACUCUACAAAAAGGUGGCAAAAUGUUGAAAAAUCAAUAGAACCCCAUGAAAGUACAGCAAGCCAGGUUCUUUUUGAAUUGUACAAACACAGUAUUUUGUCUGCAGGUUCAACAGUUAAAAGUUCAUAAAUUUAGCAUGUCUCAAUAAAUGGUUCAAUGUGUAUCAACGUUACAGACAUAUCUAAUUAAUCAAUUAUUUGUUCUUUCUUCAUUAAGACCCAAGGUCUCCAAGAAAAUCCCUCAAGAGAGCCCUUUCCUGGAAAACAAAAACUUCUGGGUCUGGCCUUUUUGAUAAAGGUAAAGGUUGGUUUAAGUAAAUUUUAGCAUAUAAAAAAUUUUGUAUUUUGUUGUAGAUAGUUUGAAAGUGUUAAUUAAAACAAUAAUGGUUUCAUAAACACAUUGAUAAACAUAUCACAUUCAUCACAGGCAGGGGUCUCUAAGACUGAAACAGACAUAGCUCAAAGAUAAUUAUUGCUCAUGAUUUUGAAAAGGUGCUUAAAAUAUAUUUUUACAUUAUCAGUUCCAUAAACUUUAAUUUCAAAGAAGCUCAGCUCUGACAGUAAUUAGGAAUUACAGCCAAAAAUAAUGAAUAGAAUUGAAGGUACAUGAACAUUAGAUAGCAAGAGAUUAUUAUGAUUUCUAAAUUGGAUUACAGAAAAUGGUGUCUUUGCAAUACCUCUUCACAAAGCAGUAACAUCUCAGGGUGUUAUGGAUACUUCUGAGUUGAAAAAAGGACAGAGGAAUGUUAAAGAAAGUACACCAUCAAUUUCCUCAACAAACUCCACUGGCAAUCAAGAAGUACCUGAAGAAUCACCAAAAGUAAGACGACAUUCAUCAGGGUCAAGUCUCUCACAAAGUUCCAGAUCGUCUAAUGAGAAUUCGAAUCAAAAUAGUGACUACAAGUCUUUAUCAGGUAAAGACCAACCUACAGAAUCAUCUAGUUGGAAAUCACGGCUUAUUGAUGCCCUGACACUUCUGUCCUCUUCUGCCUCGGCAUCAUGUCUGAUGGACAAGCAGUCUGCACUCAGUCCCCCAACACCACAAGUUCCUCCAAUUGUCUUACAAGCUGUGGAACAUCUCCAGUUGCAUGGUAGGGUCCUUAAAAAGUAUUGUAAAUGGUACAUUUUUUGUAUAGGUACAUGUAGAUUAAAUGUUAAGCUGCUGACAAAAUAGAUGAAGCACAGUUGUCAGUGGGAGCCAGUUUCUGUAACAUGAAGCACCAAGGAGCAUUGCUAAUCGCUCUGGAUGAGAUGCUAGUUAAUUGCAAGGCCACCCCAGGCAGUAUAUCACGAGAACCCUGUUAUACAUUUUGAUGAAAAGAGACAAAGUUAAGAGAAACAGACUUUCUUGUCUAAGCAAACAACAUGAUAGCAACAUUUGAACCUGUACCUGCAGAUUUAUAGUUCAAGAUGUUUACUGCCCGGCAACCUCCACAGAGGAGUUUUUAAUUAUUGUGCUUGUUUUUGUUUGCUAAAUAAAAAAUGGUGGACACUUCCUUACAACCACUACAAGAUCCUUUAAAGACAACAACAACAAACCUCCCCACCCCCACCCUUUUCUACAAGUCAAGCAUUUCUUUACUUAAAACUGACAUAGUCCAUUAGUAAAUGAAAUUUAAUUGAUGUAUGUAUGUUAUUCUCAGGUCUUCAUGUUCUAGGAAUAUUUAGAGUUGGAGGCUCAAAGAAGCGAAUGAAGCAAGUAUGUACUCACAUUUUUCUUUCAAUUUGACUAUUUGUUUUGACUACACAUUGGUGUAGAAAAUUAGAUACUUGCAUGUUCUUAAAGCAAAGUACCUUCUCAAUUAACUGCUGAGGCUCUGUAAGUCCUUAGCUCUGCUCAGGAGUGUUACGUGCACAUCUGAAAAAGGAAAUUGAUUGGUUCUUGUUGCAGAUGAGAGAUCAGUUUGAUUUAGGAGAGAAGACAAGAUUUACAGCAGAAGAUGACAACCCACAUGAUGUGGCCGCAUUAUUCAAGGAAUAUUUCCGAGACCUUCCAGAACCUCUUCUAACCCGUGACCUGUAUUCUGCCUUCUUAGAAACCCAAAGUAAGCCAUACAGACAAAUAUUUUCAUAGCAUUAUUGCAAGGAAAAAACUCAACAUAGCAUUUUACAUUACUAACAUUCCCCCCCGUACAAGGAGUAGCUAGAAAAAGUGGGAUUUUCAAAAAGUUUUCCAGGGUCCUGGAAAAAAAAUUAUACUUAAAAAAUUGUUUUGAAUUUAAGAGUUAUCCAGAGCAUUACCUUUUUGUGACGGGUGGAAAAAUUAAAUGUAAUAUGUUGAUUUUAAAAAAUGGGCAAAAAACAUCCCCUCAACUUUCUGAUCAUUUUUGAAAGUCCUUUCUCACAUUUUUCAAUCACUAUGAAAAGGCUAUAACAUUCAUUUUCUGUUUGUUAAACAGAUGAUUUUAACAGCAGGUACUGAACUUAAUUCAUUUUUGUUAGUCUCUAGAUGAGCUUAAACAACGACAAUGUCGACAGCAGUAAAAACAUUGCUAAAAAUUAAUUUGCAUCCUUUCAAAUGUUAUUGUGUCUAUUGAAACCUGCUCUAUAUGUCAAAUGUAGGCCAUUUUUCCCGGAGUUGAAUUCUGAAGGACUUUUAUUCAGGUUUGAAAGGAGAAAGGAAAAUUUGUCCUGGUACAUUCAUAUUCUCCAUAAAAUGUCACAUUAGGAGGUUUCACAUCAAAGUCAUGUAGUGGACAUCAAAGAAAUGAACUAAAUAGCAUGAUGCUCAUCCAGAGCUGUUGUUUUCUCAAGUUCAUAAAGCCAAUAUUGUUUUUGGAUGUUGUUACUUUCGUUGUAGUGGUUGCUUAAGCUCUCUAUUGAAAGGAUCAGCAACAACUAUAUUCAACAUAGCGUUUAGCAAAGAAUCUCACAGGUUUGAUUUCUACUUUUAGGUUUUGAAGAUCAAAGCACGCAGAUAACAGCCCUUCGUCUCCUAUGCUGUUUACUGCCAAUUCCAAACAGGGACACGUUGAAAGUCCUUCUAGAAUUUCUUGCUGAAGUUGCACAGUGGUCAGAAGACAGAAUCGGUGAAAAUGGAGUUGAAGUAUGUUCGUUUUGUUUUUCGUAGUAAAGAUUUCUUGUAACACAAGUUAUUCAUUUAUUUAUUUAUUUAAUUUAUUUAUUUUAAGAAAGGGGAUUGGCACUGCCGGAAAUAAAUAAACAGCUGUUUUGGCAAACCGUGCAAGUUGUUCUUUGUUGAUUUAACAUUUGUUUCCUGUAAAUUUUUCAUCUUUUGUUCUCUUUGUAUUUUGUCGUGUGUACGUGUAGGAGUUAUUACUGGCCUCUGGUCCGCCAAAGAAAUGUUGGCCAGCAAAAAUGGGAAGAUUUUAAAGCUGAUUAUGAAGAUGUUUGAAGAAUUAAUUGAUGAAGCCGGUUCAGAAUAAAUAAGACACAUACCUCGACAUUACUUUCUAAAAGUGUCCUGCUCCCCUAAAAUCUCUUGUAAAGCUUCUUCAUGCCACUUUAAGUUUAUGCCAACGUGGAGCGAUUCCCAAAGCUGCCAUUUUAAAACCCCAGGGGCCGACCCGAGGGCCCGGGAAAGAGACUCGAACCCAGGCUCUAGAAACUGCGGCCUUACGGUGAUGUUUUUUUGUCUGUUUAGAUUCCAGGAAACAAGAUGAAUUCCAAGAACUUAGCAAUUAUUAUUGGCCCAAAUAUCUUACACAAGGUAAGAUUUGAUCAUAUCUGUUUUUGACAAUAAUUUCACGAGCGCGCAAUGGAUAAGGCUUCAUUUUCAGCUGUUUGGGGGAUCCCAUUUUGUGCGAGUGAAACUGGAUAUGAGAAAAGAGAUGCAACAAGGCGUAAGGUCAUAGUCACCUCAUAUCCACCAAUAACGGUCUUUUAGAAGCAAGCAAGAAAUAGUCAUGAAUUUCGGUGAUUUUAUUCUAUGGUAGUUUUUUUCGGCCAUGUAAGAUUUCGUCCUCUCGUUAACAGACCCCGCAUUUCCGACACCCAACUAGUACUACCGACUCCAAUACGGUUACCCCGUAAAUACUUUCUAUGUUGCUCAUAGGAUCCGUAUUGGUGAGAUUCCACCGUAUCCAGAACUUGCUUAUUUUAUUCAUUAUUUUAUUUCUUUACUAUUAUAAUUUUUAUAUUUUUUUUUCAUUUCGUUUGAAUUAGGUGAAAGGCCAACAUCAUGACUUUUUAGUAGAAGACAAGGCUCGCGCUGACGAAAGAAAAGAAAUCAUCGACGUUGUUCAAGAUAUGAUUGAAAAUCACGACAAGCUGUUCGAGGUACGAGCUAUGUUAUUAUAUUUACGAGACCGUUUAAUAUAUCAGGAAUAUGAUCCUAAUAAUUAAUAACCAGCAAGUAAAUCUGCAAGGCGGGUCAGGGAGACCUAACUGGACGUUCCGAUUAAAAAAAAAAUCCAGUGGAGUAUAGAAGGGAGCAUAUGGUUGGGCAAAAUCUCGUACGCUUUGAAUAUUUUCGACUCCAAUGUUCUCCCAACAAAACCCCUGCAUUGGAUAUAAACAAUUCAAACAUUAAACUUCGCCACGAUCGUUCGCAACUAGACGAAAGUUUUGCAAUGGUUUGUCAUUAUGGUCACAUCUCAACUUUGGCUAUUUCAGAUUUCUGCGGAAGUACACCAUGACAUUCUUCUUCAACUCCUUGACAAUGAACCGGAAAUAGUUGACUACAUUUUAAGGAGGAAGCUGUUGCGAGCCAAUGGUACAAGGUAAUGAAACAUUGUGAAUGGUGUACGUGGACAAAUAGGAAAUAAAAUACUUAAUAUAGAUAUAAAUUUGAUUUAACAGGUUAACGCAACAAACAGAAUGGAAACCCCCUCCUUUGGAAAGCUGUUUGUCAAGGGAAUUUUAUGUCUCUCUGUGAGAGAUAUAUAGGAAAACUUGGCCCUAAUGUGCCUUGUGGUUAUCACCACACUUCUGAAAACAAACUCUGUACAGGCUAAACUAGCUAGGAAAUAAUGUCCCAGCGGCCUUAUUAUAAACGAAACCGAUACAAAUCACGAGAAACAUCUUGAAGGCAAACAUUUUGCAUCCCACACGCAGAAUACAAAUUGGAAUCAGUUGCCAAUUAAAAGUUUUUACCUUCUAGGACGAAAUUUUGCUUCCGUAACAUCGUCUCCUAGCUUACGACAUGGAAGGAACAAAUUUUCCGUAACAAUGAGCUAUCCAUGAUCUUAAUAAGACGAUAACUGCAGUUACUUUUACUAAGAGGCGUCUUAGGUUAGCUAAAAAGUGAGAGUAGCGUUUCAUCAAUCACUUCAAUUUUAUAUCCUAAUUCGAAUAAGUGUGUUAAGGACUCUUCGUUUUUCUCGCAGCUUUGACAUGGAAGACGAACUUUUUAAUCUGGGAGAAACAGAAAAGCUUGAAUUACCAAUGAGAGGGCGUGUGCAAUCUGCUGGUGCGAUCGAACGUUCACGUGGUGUAAACACGCCCUUGUCGCGGUCACACGGCGACACGAGCUUGCGGCCGAGGCACUAUCUAGCGACACGCAGUAGCAGUGAUAAGACUCAUUACAACCCUGGAUUUCCUGUACGUAGUCAUUCUUUGAAUCAAGAAGAAGCAAGACAUUAUCGGGAUAAUGUAUUUUGGCGACAGAUGUCUACACCGGACGAUAAUUUAUCGCCGCCAAGUUACAAUUAUAAUUAUCGACAAAAUAAGCGCAGGACACCUCCUAUAACGCGAACGAUUUGUAGAUAUGAUGGAUCGGAUGAGCCACCUUCACCAUCUCUUUCAUCAACAUCACCGUCGGUCUCAUACUCAAACUAUUCUACACCUCCUUCUUCCCCUUCGGGCUCUGGGGCUUAUGUAUCUGCAGACUCGAAUUCCUCAUCACCUUUACCAGGUCGAGCUUAUAUCGAAGACGACCGACCGGCGUUAUCGGAAUGGACUUUUCAUACGGAAAUUGACGUAGAGUUGACUCACGAGGGGGACAUGUACCCCCGAAGACGAUCUCCUUCGCCUUUCACUUUUUCCGAUUGGCAGCUAGAGAACUGGUUUCAAUGGGAAUCACUGACGCAACAAAACAGCAGUCAAAAAGACUUUCUGGAACAGGAAACGCUUGUGUAGUAUAUUUGCAUGAGACAGUUUUAUCUGUCUCUUAGUGGUAAAACGUUUUUGUGGAGUUCACUCACCCUUUUUCCAAGAUAGGUGCCGAAAUAUGUACGAUGACGCUCAUGGAAACGGCACCCUAGUAAGACCAGAAUUCACUUAGAUCUGUAGCUACAACCAGUAUUUUAGCCGUGCUGUUCUCUUUCAAUUUAGUGAGUGGUUGGUAUGUAUGUUACUGAAGAGAAUUGCGAGGUUGUGACCUAGGACCCUCGCUGCUCUCGCCCAGCUUGCGAGCAAGCUCUCCUUCGCCGCUCGCUCGGGCGUUCUCGCGAGACUCGUUUCACUCGCCCAAAUAGGAGAGAUUGCUCGCAGGCUAGCUCUCGCCUGCCUGGUUUACAGUUAAAGCAAUUUUUCAUUUGACCUUGGUAAAUGGUUUCGCAGUGUAAGCGUUCGUUUUUUUAUUUUAUUUGCCAAUAGUAAAAUUGAUCAAAACACUGGAUUCGUCGUUUUAUCGCCUAAGGAAACACUAAGAGUUAAAAAGUGUCGUUCGAUUGUUACAAUCCACAAUGAGCCCAUCAGUUGCUAUUGCUCAAAGUUUUGGAAAAUUACUCCUCAGCCACUAUUUUUUAGCUGGUACAUGUAACGUGUUCUCGUGCGUAUUCGCUAAAUCACAUUUUCACAUAUUCUUGCUUGUUUGCUUGUUGAUGUAGUAUUCAUGAGCGAUCAUUUCAAGGUCAAGCGAAAAUCGCUCUGAUACUGUAAAUAAUGUUUUGAUGUUUAUAAGUGCAGGUUAUUGGUUAAUAUGGUAUGGUGUGAAUCCUCGAUUAGGCACUUCUAUCCUCGGUAACCCUAUAAGUUUGUGUUAAGCACCCAAUUCGUCCCUGUCUCUUUUUUAACACAAUUGCACAGUAACCCGCAUUGUUUUAGCUGGCAUAGCCAGUAACUCAUUAACUUCCAAAAUUAUACGUGUAAAAUACUCGCCACUAUAAAUAUUUGAUCAAACAACUACAUACAUCAAUGACGCGCAACAACUACAAUCUAUCUCCUUGCAACGAUUUGCCACAAAAAAACGAGUCUCAGCAGUGUCCUUCCAAGUGGGUGCCUCCUGUAUGAUUCUGUUCAGUUAAACGAACACGCCUAUAUAAUUGCCUUUAUAUGUUGCCCUUUUAGUUAGUAGUGACACUCCAACAGUGCAGUUCAUCCACUGUAUUUGAAGAAAAAUGACGGAAAGUUUCAAGUGUUUUACAGAUAGUGAGUGAGUGGGAUAACCUGAGGUUCUGUUUGUUGUGCUUUUGUAAGAGGUCAAUUUUGGGGUCUGUAGAUAGUUUGGUAUUUUGACCACGAUCACUCUAAAGGUGGUAACUCUUGGUAUUGUUUUUUUGUUAAUUUUUGAUCAGAAAUUUAAAACGUUUAUUUCCUGGUAUUUGUUAUGGCAGCGGGUGAAUCAGAAUCAUGAAUUGCAGGAUUGCGCUGGGAAUAGUUAAGAAAAAGAGCUUUACAUGUGGACACUGAGAAGUCGCGGUGAAUCGCGACAGGGGCCUUAUUUAUGUAAAAAAUAAAAAUCUCCUUAGUGAGUGUAUCUUCUAUUCUCAAGCAGAAAGUUGAAAUAGAAGAAGAAAGAUAAUACAAAUCUACACUGCGUGUAGACGCUAAGAGUAAAACCGACUUCGGUGACAAUACUUC